AUGCAACCAAUCCCAGCCUCCGCCAUUACGGGGGGAGUCUUCUCUCCAGCGGCGACCCCAUCCUAUGAGACGGGCGAGUCCAACACCUUCACCGACAGCGCCGAGGAGCCUCAGGUGCGCGAGAGCGACAAUACCAGCGUCGCCGUCAAGCCUGGUCCCCUGACCCCAGACGAUCCUCUUCAUCUCAUGCAGGGCGCCAGCGAGCCCACGCCGCUCCCCAACGGAGACGGUGGUGGUGACUCUGCCGCGGCCCCUACACCUUCACGAGAGAGACAGGAGCCCUGGUACAGCAAUGAGGACAUCACGCUGCUCCACGAGAUCAUCGCCACUGGUGAGGCUAUACUGGCCUCCCUUCCUGAGCGCGAGCGCCUGCCUACCACCGCGCUGUUCACCGCUGCUGACGAUGUACUGCCGCGACAUGGCUUCGCGUCCGAGGACGUCCCGCACAUUGCGCGCCUGCUAUUCCGCAUCGGCGGUCAGCGGGGCCCCGAGUCCCUGCUGGACAAGUUCAGGUCUGUGCUGGGGGAGAUGGGCAUUGAGCUCGUCUACACAGACGACUCGAUGAUGUCGGCUGACGAUGAGGACGACAUGCCGCCGGCUGGCGACGCGAGCACCCUGGACGCGCAGGUUCCUGGAGUGCCGUCUGCCCCGCGCGACGACUUCGACCGUGCCCCUCCUGUGGCGCAGGAAGGAAGCUCCAGCCCGCCGAUGCCUGUGCAUCAUGCGCCUCGCCGUCGUCGCAAUUCAGACAGCAUCGUACAAGGGUUGGGCACAGGUGGAAGUGACGCGCUCCAUGGCGACGGCGGCCCCAUUCAGCCUGUCCAGCGGGCGACCAGGUCUCACUCCACGGAUGGACGCGUGCUGUCGGAGCCUCAGCGGAAGGAGGUGAGAUUCUCGGAUGUAAUUGACUCGCAGAGCGUCUCGGAUGUCUCCUGGGACAGGGACGACACUGGUGCCUCGACCUUCGAUAAUAUUCCGUUUCGACCGAGACCUGAUGCCCUGGAUCAUUCUGGCAGAGGGGGGCCCAACGGCUCGGCGCAAGCAGGUGCAGGUGCGGGAGCUCAGCAAGACGACGACGGUAGGCCCUCAACUCGAGCAGAGAACCGACCCCCACUAGACUUCAGCCGCUUUGGGAGGUCCGAUCAGGGCUUCAAGCAUCACCAGACAGGCCUUCCAAACGGCGACAUACUCUCGGACGAAGAGUUCUCGAGCGUAGAUCUGGACCUCGGCGGCCUAGGCGCAGACGAAGCGGCAGAAGAGCCAAGCCUGCCGAGGCAUCCAAUCCAGCCAGCGGAGAGACAUGGUGUCGAGGAAGACCAAGAGGAUACCAGCGAGCAUCAUGACCUACGACACGACGAGUACUCGUCACAGCUACCGAUCAGGGACGCCCAGGACGAGGAGAGGAUGGAAGACGAGCAGGUCGCCUUCAUUGCGUCAAGAGAGCAGAUGUUCAGGAUGUCUUCGUUCAACCACUGGAGGGAUGUCAGUCGCUACACCAGAUCCUACAACAUCCGAGCCGAGGCGCACUCUGAGAGGUGGGAUGCAUGGGAGACGAUGGGCGCGGCGCUCAGCACCUGGAUUGAAAGCGCGCUCACGAUGCAGGUAGGGGAGAACGAUGGCAUACAGGCUUACCAGGACCACCUGCGACAGCGGGAGCUUGAGCGCAACAGGGGCGGUACCGACGAUGCUCCGCCUCUUGUCUUGUCCGAGGGCAGUGUCAACCCACGCGUGAGGCAAUCCAUUGAGCGCAGCAGGGAGCCUUUUGUCUCGUCUUCAGCAGGACGUCAAGCCCCUGACCCUCGAAGCACGGGCGGUUGGGCCAGACAACAGUCACAAUCGGUCGAUAGGACACUCAUCGAGGAAUAUCCCCACCGGCCUAGCUCUAGGAGGGGGUUCAGAGACCCACAGCUCCGAAGACUGCGUGCCUUUGGAAGCGACUGGGACGCAGGUGUUGCACCUACACACGGCGAGGAGGAGCAGCAGGAGCAGGAACAGGAGCAGGAGUACAACGACGAACUGUACGAUGCUUCCGAAGAGCUCGAGACACAGGACUUGGAGAGGAGCGAGGCCGCUCUCCACUCUCAGUACCAGGUCGCAGCAGCAGCGUGGAACUACUUCCUCUUGUCCAAGGCGUUUACCCACUGGGCUGAUCGCGCAGAUGAGGAGGUGGAGCGAACGCAGAUUGCAAGGCGUCAUAUCCUCCGAAAGAAGUGCUUCCAUGCCUGGGUCAGGGACAGAGACGAGACAGAAGCCGAAAGCAAGGCGGUCUGGUUCUACCAGAUGGUCGUGAUGAGGCAAUGGCGCGAGGCUGCGGUGGACGCUGCAAAGAGGAGCUCCCUCCUGCGCCAGGCUGCGCACCGCAAGAAGAGGCGCAGCCUCGCCGAGAAUGUGUUCGUCGACUGGUACCACGAGUCCAAGAUGCGAAUCGCUGAGAAGAUGGACGCGCAGCGCCUGGCAGCGACCACCUUUCAGCACUGGCAACUGGAGAGCCAGUGGCUGAGCUCGGCGCAUGGGGAAGCCGAGGGGAUCUUCAAGGCGUCCAUGCUGGGGCGAUACAUGAGACGAUGGCGAGGCGAGGCACAAAUCCAAGAGCGGGCCGAGGCAGGAGCCGGACCUAUCAUUGCUCGUAGGGACGAGCUGUUGAGGUCGGGCCUCUCGCUGGCGUGGCGGCAGGAAGCCGAAGAGGCCAGGAACCGAGAGCGGGUGGCCGUCACGCAGGAGCUGAAGGACUGGACCAAGCACUGGGUGUACGAGACCAGGCUGGUGCGGUGGCAAGAAGAGCAGGACGCCGAGGCGCUCGACAGUGUCGCAUAUCAUUGGUACUGCGAGUGGCGGCUGCGCCUGGUUGAACGUGUCAUAGAGCAGCAGGAAAAGACUCGGUUCUUUGAGAGAUGGGCCGACGCGACCACAGCGUCGGCUGCCAGGAGCUAUCACCUCCGCCAUCUCGCCCGAGACGUCCACCACCAUGACACCAUCACGGGCUUUCUCAACACCACGCUGGAUGCGCUCGAGCACCUCGAGAUGCAAGCCUACCACGCACGGGCCGUGCUCGUGCAGCGGACGGUGCCGAGGGCUGUCAGGAAGUGGACGACACAGCUCAGCCACCACCACCGGAUGGAAAAGUGGUGCCGGCUUGCCAACCUGUUUCCCGUGGGCGAAUAUGUGCUCCCGCACUGGCAAGAGGUGCGGAGACAGGCGUGGAAGAGGCGCAUGCAACGGCUGUACAACGACUUUAAGUAUCGUGUGCGCAGGGAUGCCGUCAGGGACAGUCUCGAUGUCUGGCGGCAGGCGACGGCUGAUGCUGUCACGAAGGGGUGGGAGGCGGAUGACAUGUGUAUCGAGGACGACAACGCGACGAUCAUCCACGUGGCGAUUAUGUGGCGCGCCCGGCUCGAGCCCAUCGCCUUUACCGCCGAGGUUGCUGAAGAUGCCGACGUGGAGGCGCACCUGCUCCAGUGGCACUCGCUCCUCGAGGUGCACGAGGACAACAAGCUGGACGCGGCGGAGCUCGACUUUGCGCAGACGGCAGGGGCGCGCUGGGACGAGUGGACGCUGGCGUCGGUGGCGCUGCGGGGCCGUGAGCAGACGGUGCACGAGUUCACGAGCCACAACACGCGGCGGGACAUGCGGCACUUCCUGGCGGCGUGGGCGUCCCAGACGCAGGCGGUGGGGGAUCGGGUGCCGGAGAUGGACUUUCGGGCGACGAGGCGGAGCUCGAGGUGGGGGACGCCGGCGCCGGCCAGGACGAGGCUGAUGACGGACAUGACGCCGUUCCGGACGCCUGCGAAACCCACCUUUGGACGGUCGACGACAACGCCUGCUUAUCGACCGCCGAGUGAAUUGACCUUUGAAGAGAGGGACGAGGAUGAUUUGUUGGCGUGA